AUGCGCAUCCCAUACGCACCCACCGAGCCUGCAGCCGAUGCAUCAGAGACGACGAAAGCAGUUUAUGAGCGCAUCACCGAACGCAGAAAGCCACGUCCCCUUCUGCCACUAGAUCUGGCACUAUUGCACAACACCGGCAUCGCCGAUGGCUGGAACACUCUGCUCGGAGCAGUACGAACAAAGACUUCACUCAACCCUGGCUUGAUGGAGAUGGCUGUGUGUCGUAUUGCGGUACUCAACAGAGCAACAUUCGAGUGGAAUGCCCACGCCCCACUGGCGCUGAAAGGAGGUCUGCCACGAGCCUCGCUGGAUCUUGUCCGUACUGCAGCGGUCUUCCCCGUAGGUGGUAGGGAAAAGACCAAGGAAGAGCAAGAGACAUUCAGCGACGAGGAAUGGGCAGUGCUGUGCUACACCGACCAAGUCACCAAGAACGUCGAGGUGGAAGAUCAAGUGUUUGAUGGGCUCAGGAAGUUCUUGGACGACACAGGAAUCAUGGAGAUGACGGCGACGGCGGCAACAUACAACAUGGUCAGCAGGUUCCUCGUGGCUAUGAACGUGGGAGAGAAGAAUGGGACCGAGAUUGUGAUGCCUGAGCAAUAG